AAAUGUUUUCCAUAUUAGUUCAGAGCCGUGUCUGUUUUCAAACAGCAGCUGAGCUGGGCUUGGUGAAAAAAGCAGGCAGGGAGGGUGAGAGGCAGCCAGCAGUCAGACUCGCCCACUCCAAAGAGAGUAACAGGAAGAAAAAAGUGGUGAAGACAAAACAGAGAGAAGAGAGUGGAAGCCUGGAGGAAGAAUGGGACAGGGACAGAAAGGUUUCAAAGACAAGAAGGGGAGCAAGAGGAGGGAUGACAGCCCGCCACCAGAGGACGGUGAUAAGUGCAGAGUGUGUCGUUUCCCUCUGCUCGUCGCCCUGCUGCAGCUCCUGUUGGGGGUGGCUGUCACAGCCAUGGCCUUCCUCACGUUGGCUAUCAGCCCCUCGCUCCUGGCCAGGGAGACGCCUCACUGGGCUGGGAUCAUUCUUUGUUUAGUUUCCAUCCUGGGUUUCAUCCUCUACUGUAUCAACUAUCAACCCGAUGAACGGUCAUCUCUGCAGUUCAUCGUAAAGCUCCUGUACUUCAUCUUGUGCACCACUGGCCUGGUCAUCUCAGUGCUGGUCGUGGCGUUUGCUGGACACCAUCACUCGCAGACCAGCAGCCUCAUCUGUGAGCAGGAGGGAGGAGACUGCAUGUGUGUACUGGAUCAGGACGACCCAAUCGCUCGCACCUUCAUCUACGAGGACGUCAGUGACUGCGAGUCUGUAACCGGGACACUUCCUUUCUACUUCCUGAUUCAGAUCAUGUUGAACCUGGCCCAAGCUUUGGUCUGUGCUGUGGGUACCUUCAUCAUGUGGAAGCAUCGCUAUCAGGUCUUCUUCUCUGGGCUGCAGAUCAGCUCUCCUUCCACCCAGAAGUGGCAAAAAGUUUAGUAAAAGGGCCUCUUUUUGUUUGUGCCUUAGUGUGUCGUUACAGACAGGUAAGAAAACAGGCUAAAGGAAACGUUUUCAGACAGUAAUUGCAAUCAGAACAUCUGCAGUGCUUCUUCACUUUGAUUCGAGUCUGUAAACAUCACUGAAGGGUCAAAUCAGCCAAAACAUUCUGUAUUCCCUCAUUUAUUGUUUUUAAAUUGGAUUAUCCAACACAGGGUGAAACACAUCAUAUUUAUCAGACCAGUCAGUGACACCUCAACCUCACAUGGAUGAAGGGUAGCAGUAUGCAGCCCUGUGUGUACCUGGUACUUACCAAGUACUAAUCUAGUCAUUUCUUCGUGCUUACAGAAUACAAACCUCUAACUAGAGAAAUUGCA